AUGCAACUUCUUGCCUUGCUUGCCUGUGCCCUUUUGGUACCAUCACUGCAUGGGCACCCCAUCCGCCCUCGCGCCCAACGAAACAGCGGUCUUUUGACCCUCCCUGUCCGCCGCGUCGAAAGGAAUACUGAUUUACACGUCGACUUGCGUCAUCAGCAAAACAUUAACCGCGCUCAGCGUCUUGUUGCUCGUGCUGCUGGCCUUCCUGGCCCUUCCGAUGUCGAGUUGCUACAGAACUUGCAUCGUCGGGCGGAAUUUAUUCCGGAGCUGGAACGACGCUUCAAUAUCCCUCAAGCUAACGCUGGUCUCCCCACUAUUGAGACGAGCGGUAUUGCCAAGUUAGCUGUUGAAAAUGACGACGACACCAGCGACAACGCCCCACCCAAACUUGCCAAUUUUUCAUCCGUGAUCGAGAUUGACGGCGCAGAUACCUCCUACGUAAUCACCGUCCAAAUUGGCACUCCUGCCCGUGAUUUUAACCUCAUCCUCGACUCCGGCUCUGGUGACCUGUGGGUCAGCUCAGACCAGUGCACUUCUGAGAAUGGCUCUGGCUGUGGCAACCACACUUUCCUUGGCAGCGAUGUGUCCUCGUCGUUCGUCAACAGUCGCAAGAAAUGGUCGAUUACAUAUGGGUCGGGCUUCGCGAAUGGCGAAAUCGUCAACGACACUAUUGUCAUUGCAGGGAUGGUCAUGAAUGACCACACAUUUGGUGUCGCGCACUCAAUCAGUUCGAGCUUUUCGGGUGAUACCAUUGCUGACGGUUUAAUGGGACUUUCCAAAAGUGGCCUUUCCACUCAAGGAGUACCGACGCCAGUAGAGGCUCUUCGUAACCUCGGAUUCUUCAAGUCCGCAAUUACUUCAUAUCGUCUCCCUCGGCUCAUCGACAACGAGAACAACGGCGAGGUCACAUUUGGCGGACUGGACGAGACGAAAUUCGACCCCAGCACACGUGUCGAUAUCAACGCGUCCAACUCCUCGUUCUGGAUCAUCCCUCUCGAGGGUGUUUCAGUCGAUGGCCAGAGUGUUGCCGUUAACAGCACCGAAGCACUGAUGGACAACGGCACGACUCUGCUCGUUGUGCCCACCGCAGACGCCGUUGCGUUGCAUUCGCAGAUCCCCGGUGCUAAACAGCAAGGGUCUGGGCAGUUUUCGAUUCCAUGCGACACCACCACCAAUGUCUCACUCCGUUUUGGCGGCCGCGACUUCGCGAUUGAUCCCAAGGACCUCGUUUUCGCCUCUCGGGGUCGCAAGACAGGAGACUGUACCUCGGGCAUUGGCUCAUUCGACGACGACAAGUGGCUCGUCGGUGACACGUUCCUCAAGGCAGUCUAUUUCUCAACCAACGUUGACGCGAACACGGUGACGCUGGCCAAGGCCAUCUAA